AGGGAUUUUGCCAAUAUUUUUCAAUGUGUGUUAUAACUCCGGGUUACAAAAGUUCAAGCCGUAAUCAGUCGUCGUGACAUCACUGGAUGAUACGGGUUCACGGUAUAAAAUCACUGUUUACUUUCAUAAACUCUUUAGUUCCUUGGAAUCGAUCAAAGUAACAGCUUAACAUUAGAAUUUAAAAUAAAUCCACGAUGCUACACGUUUUCAAGUUAACGAAGUGCACGAAUUUAUUUAAUAAAAAUCGCGCGGUCCGCCACGCGCGUGGAUUAACAUUGAGCAGUAGUUUAAGGAGGGAAAAGAUAGACGAGCUUUUCCCACGGAAAGAUGAAUUUCAAACGAGGCACAUUGGUCCCCGGGAACACGAGCAAUUGGAAAUGUUGAAAACCAUUGGAUUCGAGAGUUUGGAGGAGUUAACAAGCGCAGCCGUUCCUGCGAAAAUUCUUUACAAAGGAGAUUUGAAAAUCGAGGAACCAUUGACUGAAUACGAAUUAUUAAAAAGAAUCACACGGAUUUCGGAGAAGAAUGAAGUGUGGCGUUCGUAUAUCGGGAUGGGGUACAACAAUUGCUGCGUUCCUCCCACGAUCAUGAGGAACAUCUUUGAGAACCCAGGAUGGACGACGCAGUACACUCCGUACCAGCCGGAGAUUUCCCAAGGUAGACUGGAAGGUCUGUUGAAUUACCAAACGAUGAUAUGCGACUUAACGGGAAUGGAAGUAGCGAACGCAUCGCUUCUGGACGAGGGCACAGCAGCUGCGGAAGCUCUGGCGCUCGCCCAUCGAAGCAACAAAAGGAAGAAGUUGUUCGUAUCUGAUAAAGUUCAUCCGCAGACGAUCAGCGUGAUCUCUACGAGGGUCACUUCGUUAGGAUUGGAUCUCGAGAUCGGGGACGUUUUCCAAGUCGACACUAGUAAAAAGGACAUCGCAGGAAUCCUUUUCCAGUAUCCUGACACUACUGGCUCUAUUCAUACGUUCGAAGACGUCGUGAAAAAAGCACAGAACGAUGGAACAAUGGUUUGCGCUGCCGCCGAUUUGUUAGCAUUAGCCAUACUGCAGCCUCCGAGCGAAUUCGGAGUGGAUAUCUGCGUCGGCACGAGUCAACGUUUUGGAGUACCGCUUGGCUAUGGAGGUCCUCACGCAGGUUUCUUUGCAUGUCGUCAAAAACUGGUUCGUUUGAUGCCUGGGAGAAUGAUCGGAGUUACGAAGGAUUCGAAUGGGCAGGACGCGUACCGUUUGGCUCUCCAAACUCGUGAGCAACAUAUCAGACGCGAUAAAGCUACUAGCAAUAUUUGUACCGCGCAAGCAUUGCUGGCGAACAUAUCUGCGAUGUACGCCGUUUACCACGGACCAGAAGGAAUAAAGAAUAUCGCGGACAGAGUACAUUUCUAUACUUUGGUCCUUGCGAAAGGCUUGGAAGAAUCUGGGAAUAAAUUAAAUAAUGAAUACUUCUUUGACACUGUCAAAGUGACGCCUAAAGCAUCUUUAACAAGUAUAAAGGAAAAGGCGAAUGCGCUUAAAAUAAACUUCAGGUAUUACAAGAAUGAAGUUGGAAUAUCUUUGGAUGAAACCACUACGGAGCAAGACGUGAACGAUAUCUACAAAAUAUUCUCUGCAGACACGACAGUCGAGGAAAUCUGCAGAACCGAAUCUUACUUAGACAAGAGUUUGAGUAAAUCGCGUUUCGCUCGCACAUCCUCGUACCUACAGCAUCCAGUGUUCAACAGCCAUCAAUCUGAGACGAGAAUAGUUCGAUACAUGAAGUCCUUGGAGAACAAGGACGUGUCUCUCGUGCACAGUAUGAUCCCAUUGGGAUCUUGCACGAUGAAACUGAAUUCAACCACGGAAAUGAUGCCCUGCAGCCUGCGAGGAUUCACCGACAUACACCCUUUCGUUCCCCGCGAGCAGACCAAAGGCUACCAGCAAUUGUUCGCGGAUUUGGAGCAAGACCUCUGCGCGAUAACCGGUUACGACAACAUAAGCUUCCAACCGAAUAGUGGAGCGCAAGGAGAGUACGCCGGGCUGAGAGCCAUACAAUGUUACCACGAAUCGAAUGAGGAUAAUCAUCGACAAGUCUGCUUGAUUCCGAUUUCUGCUCACGGUACGAAUCCCGCGUCCGCUCAAAUGGCUGGCAUGCAGGUGAAACCUAUCCUCGUACAGAAGGACGGAUCCGUUGAUGUCUCACAUCUGACGGAGAUGAUUGAUAAGCAUCGAGACACGUUGUCUUGUUUAAUGAUAACGUACCCGUCGACGAACGGCGUUUUCGAGGAAACGAUAGGCGACAUAUGCGCGAUGGUUCACGACGCGGGGGGCCAAGUAUAUUUAGAUGGAGCUAACAUGAAUGCACAAGUUGGCCUUUGCCGUCCUGGCGAUUACGGCAGCGACGUUUCGCAUUUGAAUUUACAUAAAACUUUCUGUAUACCUCAUGGCGGUGGAGGACCUGGGAUGGGUCCUAUAGGAGUUAAACGACACCUCGCACCUUUCCUACCGUCUCAUCCAGUGAUCAGCUGUUCAAGCAACGGGAACAAUGAUGUGAAACAAUCUGGCGCGGUAUCAGCUGCUCCUUUCGGUUCCUCGGCGAUUUUACCAAUCUCGUGGGCUUACAUUAAAAUGAUGGGCCCGAAGGGACUGAGGAAAGCCACGCAAGUCGCUAUUCUGAACGCCAAUUACAUGAGCAAACGACUGGAAAAGUAUUACAAGACGCUGUACACAGGCAAAUCUGGACUAGUAGCGCACGAAUUUAUUUUGGAUGUACGAGACUUCAAGAAGACCGCGAAUAUCGAGGCUGCAGAUAUCGCUAAGAGAUUGAUGGAUUACGGCUUUCAUGCUCCGACCAUGAGUUGGCCGGUGUCGGGAACGCUUAUGAUCGAGCCGACCGAGUCUGAGGAUAAAAAGGAACUGGACAGAUUCUGCCACUCUCUAAUUUCUAUCAGACAAGAAAUCAGUGAUAUUGAAAGUGGUAAACUGGACAUGGUUAAAAACCCAUUAAAACUGGCACCGCAUACUCAAGAGCAAGUAAUAUCGAGUAAUUGGGAUCGACCGUAUCCGCGGGAAUUGGCAGCAUUUCCAGCUCCAUUUGUGAAGGGGAGCAAUAAGAUCUGGCCAAGCGUCGGAAGGAUAGACGACACGUAUGGCGAUAAAAAUCUGUUCUGCACGUGCCCUCCCGUAUUACCGGAAUAGUGAUGAGGAUAGUAAUUAAUUAUGUACAGCUAGUUAUAGAACUAUUUAAAUAUUUAUUAUCAUUUCUUUGUACAAACAUAUUAUU